AUGAAGUUCCCUUCAACUGAAAAGGAACAAGAGUUCGACAAGGUCUUUAAGGACUUACCACGUAUUAUUAACGAAGCCUGUGAUGGUUAUGACGAGCUUUAUGGACACAAGCUUAUUGCGGGAUCAGAUCCCGAAACUGCAAAGUUCUACAACGAGCAGUACGCAAAAGCACUAUUUUUCAAGUUCGCCAAGGGCUAUCAAUUCGAUUUCGAUGAGGCUGUAAAAAACUUGACUAAGACUUUAAAUUGGAGGAAGGAAUUCAAGCCAUGGAAAGCGGCUUUUGCUGAUCAGCACAGGCAAGAACUCGAGGAGGCUGGUAUAAUAACGUAUGAUGCAAAAGCAUCAUCUAACACUAAAGUCAUUACUUGGAACCUCUAUGGGAAACUAAAUAAGAAUAGGCAGCUAUUCAAGGAUAGCAACGCCUUCGUGCAGUAUAGAAUAGGGCUUAUGGAGCGCGGACUCCAGCUCCUGGAUUUCCUGGACGACGAAAAUAGCUACAUGACGCAAGUUCACGACUACAGUGGCGUUUCCCUCUUUACCUUCGACGGAAACGUUAGAAAGUGUACCAAGACCGUUGUUGAAAUGUUCCAAUCGUACUACCCAGAAUUGCUAUACGCUAAGUACUUCGUAGCUGUGCCACGAGUGCUGAGCUGGGUAUACGACCUGGUCAAGACGUUCGUUUCCGAAGAAACAAGGAAGAAGUUCGUAGUCCUGUCAGGCUCCGAUAAACUAGGCGAGUCCGUACCUGGGGUCCCUAAGGCCUAUGGCGGCACCAUCAAUAAAACGCUAGAGGAGAUCUCCGUAAAAAACAUCAAGCCUAACGAGUACAUCCUUUAUCUAAUACAAAAAGAUGUUAUCGAAACUGUGGAGUGA